AUGUUAGAUCGUUCUACAACAAAACUGAACUUAUUUCUUUUCACGUUACUCUUUCUCGCUUAUUUGUUCAUUGGUGCCCAAUUAUUCUCAUCUAUCGAACGACCAGCUGAACAAUUGAUCAUCAAUGAAAUGUACAAAACAAGACAAGACUUUCUCGAGAAAUACCCAUGUGUACAGGAAAAUGAUUUCGAAUCGUUUAUUGUCGCUCUGUUAGAUGCAAAUAAGCAUGGAGUCGAUGCACGUACAAAUUUUACUACUGUGGAUAAUUGGUCAUUUGCACAAUCAUUCUUCUUCGCCGUGACGGUGGUUACGACGAUCGGAUAUGGACAUGUCAGUCCUUUGUCAGAUACUGGCCGAAUCAUUUGUAUUAUUUAUGCAAUAUUCGGUGUUCCAAUGACAUUAUUGUUACUCUCGGUUAUCGUCCGUAAACUUCUCAUUCUUCUCAACAAUACGUAUUUAUGGUUUCGUCGUAAACUCUCUUCCGAUCGAAGAUCUGAAUCGAAAAUUCGUUUUAUUCAUUUAUCAUUAAUUUUAUCGUUUUCAUUAAUCUUCUUAUUUAUUAUACCAUCAAUUAUCUUUACUUUUCUUGAAGACAACUGGUCAUUCAUCGACUCUUUCUAUUUCUGUUUUAUUUCACUGACAACAAUCGGUCUUGGAGAUCUCGUCGCCGGAGAUUCACCUACUCAACGCAAUCGACUUUUCUACAAAGUUUGUCUGACAAUUUAUCUUCUUGUGGGAGUAACAAUCAUGAUGUUACUUGUAGCAAUGGUUUCUCAAAUGCCUGAACUUCAUCUAAUUCAGUAUUUUCUCAGCGAAAAAGAAGUCGAACAUGAAAAUGAACGUAUAUCGGCUACGGAAACGUCUGGUCUAUUAUGGUUGUCACGUUCAUCUUCAUCUCAUUCGUAUGGUAUUCAUAAUUCAUCCUCGAAUCAUCCGUAUCGUCGACAAACGAAUGAAAAGCUCGAGCCAAGUAAUUCUCCUGAACCUAUCACGAAUUAG